CCGCAACCCACCAGUCCGGUUCCGCGAUAGACGUUAUGCUGUCGGCACCGCGAGCACCCCUCACCGUGUGCAUUCUGCAAGAGUUCAUCGCCGAAUCAGAUCAUAAGAUGGUUAUCGGCAAACUCCCCAUUGCCAUCGCGUAUUCCUAUGGUCACAGCACUGGCAGGGUAAUGUGGGCAUCUGCGGCGGAGUGGGACUUCGCAUUGGACAAGAUCGCCCCCCUCCUGUCCCGUCUGGAACAAGCAGUAGCCCCGCUGGCUACGGACCCCGCGCUGGCCCCAAAUGCGUUCGGCGGCGCGGCGCCGCCGCGGACAAGCAGCGAUUUUGAAUCUUUCGCCGAGUACAGGCAGGCUGCGGCCGACGCUGCCUGGGCAAGACGCAGGGAUACCUUCAGAAAGUACCAGAAGUUGCGCGAAACAGACCCGGGACAGGCAGAGCAGUUCUUAUCGAAAUGGUUAAAAACAGGGAGCGAGUUUUGCGUUGCCUUGGAAGACAAGCAGACGGGGGCUCUCCUACCCAAGGGGCGCAUGGUGGAAGAGCUCGUGAAGGACCUCUUCGCCCGCGCCAGCAACGACUUCCCCCAGGGCCCCGCUUUCGCUGCGCACUUGGCAAAGCAAUUAUCUGUGAUACGCGCGUGCGGCGCCGCCCCGGGGUGCUUGGAGAGCGCCGGCAGGCCCUCCCCCCAACCACCGCCGGGCGACGGCCCGUUCAGCAACGCCGAGGUCGCCGCCGCCAUCGCCCAGUUGCGCCCGGGCAGCUGCGCGCUCGGCUGCGCCGCGGCAUCCCUGCGCGCACGUUCGUUAGCCAAUCGUCAGGUUUCGGCCACGCUCGCCAACUUCUCGCGCCACGUGGGUUUGACUUCGUCUCUAUGGACCCUCAGGAAGUUUACCCCUAUCCACAAGAGUGGCCCUAGGGUGGUGAGGUCCUCCACCUGCAUGCGGCCGAUCAGCAUCGCGUCCGAUUUCGCGCAGCUGAUGGACGCUCUGCGGGUUGGCCGUUACUUCAGCAGGAUACAACGUUUUUGCGGGGAUGCCCAAGUCGGGGGCGUCUCCGACCCUAUCUCGCUCGUUCUCGCCCUUUUGCUUUUGUGCGAACUCCGUCAGUAUGCAGGGGUGUCGACUUACUUGGCCUUCCUGGACCUGAAAUGGGGGUUCGACGUCGCCAUUCACAGCGGCAUGCUCGUUAACACCUUCUUGGCGGGCGUCUGCGGCAGGGGCUGGCUCUGGAUAGAAGACGUUGUCCGCGAGGCGAUUGAACCGCCGGUGUCUCUGGAUGGCUUGCCCUCGGGAGAAGGCCACCUGCGCGCCUUUGCAGAGAUCGUCCGGGCGAUCACCGAUCACGCGGUUGCGUUGGGUGCGCAACCGUGCGAGCAGGCGGCUGCUGCCCUGGCAUCUCUGCCGUGCCUGGCCGACCGCGUCGCCACCGUCGAACUUCUCGGUGAUGCGUCUUUGGACCCAUCGCAAUAUAUCGACGAUGCAGUCGCGGCUUGUUCAUCGGUAGGUGCGCUUCGCGCAGUACUGGGCCAGACCGUGCCGUCGGCGACGGUGCAGUACGCUCAGCAAGCCAAAGCAUCCUUUAAUUCUGGCACCAACAAAACUUCUGCCAUGGUUAUCGGCCUGAGCCCCAAGUUCGAUUCCACCGACAUGGGUUUCGACACCUGCUCGUCCAGAGCUGCGGACGCUGGAGGCUUCCCUGCGCCAGUGCUCGCCGCCCAGGUGCCGUCCAGGAUUGAAGGGGCCAUCCUGUACGGAGCCGCGUUCAUUAUAGACGUGCCGCACAUCGAAACUGACCUGAACAAGCUACAAGCGUACUGGGCCAGAGCGGUUUUAGGUUGCAAGAGAGAGCCGCGCCUUAAUUGGGCGUUGCCCCGGGUGCAGUGUGGGUGGGGGCGCCGCCUGGGAACGCGGAUGCUUGAGCAGGUGAUUAUGGCCAGGGCGCGGUUGUGGUGGUAA